UUCUGUGAAACUUUUCCUCUGUCAUUAAACGCAACACAGAGCUCCGCGAGAGCACAACGGACUGCGCGGACUGCACAGCGCGCGCGGUACGAUAUCAAACUUCCACACAGGACGACAAUGACGCGGCUCCGGCUCGUGCUUCUCACCGCGUUGCUAUGGCAAUGCUGCCAUGCCCAGCAGAGAGGACUGUUCCCAGCUGUGUUGAACUUGGCGUCCAUGGCAGAUAUAUCCGCUAAUGCUACCUGUGGUGCGAUGGGUCCAGAGAUGUUCUGUAAGCUGGUGGAGCAUGUACCAGGCCAGCCUGUCAGAAACCCUCAGUGUCGAAUCUGCAACCAAAGGAGUAUAAAAUCAUUUGAGCGACAUCCCAUUGAAUAUGCCAUAGACGGGACCAACCGUUGGUGGCAAAGUCCCUCUAUCAAGAAUGGAAUGGAGUACCACUAUGUGACGAUCACUCUGGACUUAAAACAGGUUUUCCAGAUUGCCUAUGUGAUCAUAAAGGCAGCCAACUCACCUCGCCCAGGUAACUGGAUCUUAGAGCGUUCAAUAGACGGUGUAACCUUUGACCCGUGGCAGUACUACGCCAUCACAGAAACAGAGUGCCUGACAAGGUUCAACAUCAACCCACGGACUGGACCUCCAUCCUACACCAGAGAUGAUGAAGUUAUCUGCACAUCUUUUUAUUCAAAGAUUCACCCUCUGGAGAACGGAGAGAUCCACACAUCUCUGAUCAAUGGCCGGCCCAGUGCGGAUGACCCCUCCCCGACGCUGCUGAACUUCACCUCCGCCCGCUACAUCAGGCUGGUGUUCCAGCGAAUCAGAACGCUGAACGCCGACCUCAUGACUCUGACACUCCGUGACCCGAAAGAUAUUGAUCCUAUUGUGACGAGACGGUACUAUUAUUCCAUUAAGGACAUCUCAGUCGGAGGGAUGUGUAUCUGUUACGGCCAUGCCAAAGCUUGUCCACUCAACCAAGUUACAAAGAAGUUUAGCUGUGAAUGUGAACACAACACAUGCGGGGAGAGCUGUGAUCGUUGUUGCCCUGGUUACCACCAGCAGCCCUGGAUGGCAGGAACCUUCCUCACUCGACACGUCUGCGAGAAGUGUAAUUGCCAUGGUAAGGCAGAGGAGUGCUAUUUUAAUCAGACAGUAGCAGACCUGUCACUCAGCCUGAACAUCCAAGGUCAAAACAGAGGGGGCGGAGUCUGCAUUGGCUGCCGUGACAACACAGCUGGAAUCAACUGUCAGUCAUGCGUUGAUGGAUUCUACAGACCCACAGGGGUGAGCGCGGAGGAGGAGAACCCCUGCGUCCCCUGCUCAUGUGACUCACAUGGGUCAAUCAGCCAGUCAUGUGUCGCAGAUCCAAGCCAGGCUACGCCCAAUCAGCCAGCGGGGUCGUGCCGGUGUAAGGAGGGUUUUGGGGGUCUCCGAUGUGACAGGUGUGCCGUUGGUUAUAUGGGCUACCCAACCUGCCAGCGCUGUAACUGCACUGUGGAAGGAAGCAGCAACGAUGACCCGUGUAUAACACCCUGUGUGUGCAAGGAAAAUGUGGAGGGAGAAAACUGCGACCGCUGUAAGCUGGGAUUCUUCAACCUCCAAAGAGAAAACCGACGCGGCUGCGAAAAGUGCUCCUGCAUGGGCGUUUCCAGUCAGUGCUCAGCCUCCACAUGGACCUAUCAGAAUGAGACAACUCUGACAGGCUGGCACCUGCUCGGAGAUACAGGUGGAGUGUGGUCCGUUCACAGGCAGACAUCUCCAUAUCUCAGCGUCCGACACUCAGAUGUUGUGAAUGAUCUUGGCUCUGCCUACUACUGGAACGCACCCGGACUAUACUUGGGAAACAAGCUUUCAGCCUAUGGAGGGAGUGUGGCCUACACUGUGUCAUAUACUACGGACCAACAAGAACAAAGGGCCAUUAGAGUCACUUCACAACCGGACCUAAUCAUAGAGGGAGGUGGAAUUAAGAUCAUCGACAGAAGGUAUGGCCAGCCGGUGUACCCAUCCUCGCCCAGCACCAAUCACGUUGCUCUCCUUCCAGAGAACUUCCUGGUUCCAGAGAGCGCACAGCCCAUUAGUCGGAGGGAUUUCCUGUCUGUGUUGGCCAAUGUAACCAGCAUUAUGGUGCGGGCCUCUUACAGCACAGAGCCCAGCGCUGUGUACAGACUCCACUCAUUCUCAAUGCAGGUAGCUAAUCCCUCUGCCAGAGGAGAGAGGAGAGCAUCAGCUGUGGAAAGCUGCUCUUGUCCUCCUGGAUAUGCUGGGACUUCCUGUGAGAUGUGUAUUCCAGGUUUCCGUAGGGUCAACGGGAUUCUCUACAAUGGUGUGUGUGAAGCUUGUAGUUGCAACGGCCACGCUGCACAAUGCCACGAUGUCACAGGACACUGCCUGGACUGCUCCCACCACACCAUAGGCCCCCACUGUGAUACCUGCCUACCUGGUUACUAUGGCAACGCCACCCGUGGGUCACCCGCGGACUGUCAGCCCUGCGCCUGCCCGCUCAAUCUUCCCAGUAACAAUUUCAGCCCCACCUGCCACCUGAGUGAACAAGGGGACCUGUUGUGUGACCAGUGCCAGCCUGGAUACACUGGACCACGAUGUGACAGGUGUGCCAACGGAUAUUACGGCCAGCCCAGAGUGCCAGGGGGAUCCUGCCAGCCCUGUGAUUGCCAUAGCAACCUCGACCUAUCCAUACCUGGCAGCUGUGAUCCAAUCACAGGCCAGUGUCUGCGCUGUCGCCAAGGUUAUGGCGGCGCGUCGUGUGAAAUUUGCGCUGAUGGUUACUACGGAGAUGCCGUCACAGCUAAAAACUGCCAGGCUUGUCAGUGCCAUACGAAUGGCUCUGUAUCUGAGAUCUGCGACAAGGAGACCGGAGGGUGUGAGUGCAAGAAGAACGUGGUUGGACGACAGUGUGAUGAGUGCAUGCCCAACUGUUGGUGGGAUGCUGAGCGUCAGGACUGUAUUCCCUGUCGCUGCAGCCCCCACGGCUCUAUGUCUCAGCGCUGUGACAUCGAGGGCCGCUGCAUCUGUCGCCCCGGCUUUGUGGGCCGACGCUGUGACCUGCGUCGCCAAGGUUACGAGAGGCGGGAGACCCGCAGGCCAGUGGAGCGUGUUCCCAUAGAGGCCGUGCAGCAGAGAUGGGGGGGGUCCUCCCGCACAGGGGGUUGUCCCAGGGGCGCGUACAGGCCUAGGACAGGGCCUCAGACUCACGGCAUCAGCACAGGCGGAGCGUGUGUCCCGUGUCACUGCAACUCGUUUGGUUCCAAGUCGUUUGACUGUGACGAAACCGGUCAGUGUCGGUGCCAGCCGGGCGUCACCGGACCCAAAUGCGACCGGUGUGCACGAGGAUUCUUUAACUUCCAGGAGGGCGGCUGCACACCCUGCCAGUGCAGCCAUGUGGGGAAUAACUGUGACGCCAACACAGGGCAGUGUAUCUGUCCUCCAAACACCAUUGGUGAGAGGUGCGACCACUGUGCUCCCAACCACUGGGGCCAUGAUAUUGUGACUGGAUGCAAGGCAAAUGUGGAGGGACACAACUGCGACCGCUGUAAGCCAGACACGUUUGGGUUGUCGGAACGAAACCCGCUUGGCUGCAGCAACUGUUACUGUUACGGACUGACACACUCCUGCACAGAGGCACAGGGGCUCAUCAGGAUGUGGUUAACGCUGAAGCCUGAGCAGACGGUGCUCCCCCUGGUGGAUAAAUCCAACACUAUGGAGACGAGGAGAGGAGUGAGCUUCCAGCACCCUGAGAUCCUCGCUCACACAGAGCUGGUCACCUCAACUCUCUCUGAACCCUACUACUGGAGACUGCCGGAGCAGUUCAGAGGCUCUAUGAUCACAGCAUAUGGUGGGAAGUUGAAGUACGCCGUGUACUACGAGGCCAGAGAUGAAACUGGUCCUUCCUCCUACGAGCCUCAGGUCAUCAUUAAGGGUGGUCCAAACCGCAACAUUGUGAUGACACGCCACAUACCUGGACUCCAGAUUGGUCAGCUCACCCGCCAUGAGAUCGACAUGACAGAGCAUGAGUGGAAGUACGCAGAUGGCAGGUCCAUGACUCGAGAGGACUUCAUGGAUAUUUUGUUCUAUGUGGACUACAUCCUAAUUAAGGCAUCACAUGGCAACUUGAUGAGACACAGCCGUAUUUCGGAAAUCAGUCUAACAGUGGCCGAGGAAGGCAGACCAACCAGAGAGAGUGAGAAAGCACAUCAGAUAGAAAAGUGUGAUUGUCCAAUCGGAUACUCUGGACUUUCCUGUGAGGAGUGUGCUGCAGGCUUCUACCGUCUUCGCGCCGGUUCCCAGGCAUCUGCUCCAGCGUCCAGAGUGCCCACCGCUGUCGGCAUGGGCAGCUGUGUUCAAUGCCAAUGCAGUGGGCACUCUUCCACCUGUGACCCUGAGACAUCCAUAUGCCAGAACUGUCAAGACAACACAGAGGGUGAUCGGUGUGAGCGCUGCGCUCCGGGAUUCUACGGUGUGGUCCGAGGUUUCCAUGACGACUGCAAACCCUGCGCCUGUCCGCUCAGUAACCCAGAGAACAAUUUCAGUCCAACCUGUGUAACAGAGGGAUACGAUGACUACCGAUGUACCGCCUGUCCUGAGGGAUAUGAGGGCAAAUACUGUGAGAGGUGUUCUACUGGUUACCAUGGUAACCCGUGGAUGCCGGGCGGCCGCUGCGAGGAGUGUAAGUGUUCCUUGUGGGGGGCGCUGCCUGGACCAUGUGACCCUGUCACGGGCCAAUGCCGUUGCAGGGUCGGGGCAUCAGGGAGGUCGUGUGACCAGUGCAUGGACAGGCAUGUGUGUGGACCAGCUGGGAUCAUCUCCUGUGAUGAUGAGUGCUCGGGUCUGUUGAUCAGUGAUAUGGACCGCCUGUAUCGCAUCAUCACUGAGGUGACUCUGACCACGCCCCUUCCGCCACCUUACAAGGUGUUGUACCGCUUCGAGAACAUGACAGAGGAACUCAAGCACAUGCUGUCACCACAGAAAGCUCCGGAGAGAUUACUGCAACUGGCCGACUCCAACCUGGGAUCACUGGUCGUUGAGAUGGACCAACUACACAGCAGGGCUACGAAGGUGUCUGCUGACGGAGAGCAGGUUGAGGAUGAUGCUGACAGGAUUCAUAAACGAGCCGAGGACCUGGAGCAGUUCAUCAGGGACACGCUGCUGGGAGCUCAAGACCUCCAGUCAAAGGCCGCCGACUUGAACCAGACUCUCUCGCGGAGAGAUGGAACUCCAGACAAAAGCCUGAAGGAGAUGAAAGAGGAGAUCCAGGCCAUGCUAGCCGAGAUGAGAAAACGACAGCUGGGAGGGAAGAAGAGCAUCGCCGAGGAGGAGAUGGAGCUUGCAGAGGAGUUGUAUCAGAAGGUGAAGAGAUUAUUUGGUGACCCCCAUCAGGCCACAGAGGACCUGAAAGCAGAGAUAAAAGAGAAGCUCUCAGACCAUGCAGGGAAGCUCCAGGAGGCCCAGGAUCUCCUCCACUCCGCCCAGGGAAAGACGAGGCAGGCUGGCUCACUGGCUGAACAAAACCAGGCUAACCUCACAGCCCUGGAGAGGAAGCGCUCCGCUGUGAGCGGGCUGAAACAGGAAGCACAGGAGGUCCUUGGAGAUGGAGAACGUCUACUGGAUGAAGCAAACCAGCUUUCUGAUAACAUCAACAAGGAGAUAGAGGACUUGGAGGGGAUGGGACGAGAGCUGGGUCCUCUUCAUGACCAGCUGGAUGACAGAGUGACUCACCUCACUGAUGGUUUAAGUGACGGCGGCCUGGAUAGUCACGUACAUGAUGCAGAGGAACACGCCAAGCAGCUGAACGAAUCUGCUGCCAUUUUGGACAGUAUUUUAGCCGAAGCAAAAAACCUCUCCUUCAACGCAACAGCUGCCUUCAAGGCCUAUAGCAACAUUAAAGCAAAUGUGGAUGCAGCGGAGAAAGAGGCGAAGGCAGCCAAACAGAGGGCAAGUGAGGCGCUGGCGCUGGCUUUAGAUCCAGAGGCCCCAGUAAAGGAAGCAGCUGAAGGUGCCCUUCAGAAGAGCAACAGACUGCUAAACCAAGCUAAACAACUUCAGAAUGAUGUCAAAGAAAAUGCCGAUGGCGUGGCCGGGCUGAAGGGCAGAGUUAAAGCAGCGAGAGACAAAACCAAAGACCUGCUGAAAGCUGUCAACGGAACCAUGGCAACGCUCAACGCUAUCCCCAACGACACAGCAGCUAAGCUAGCAGCCACUAAGGCUGUAGCAGCAGAUGCUAACGCCACGGCCAUAGACGUCCUGGAGCGCCUUGGGGAGUUGAACCUGCAACUGUACGGCCUUCAGAGGAACUACAGUGACUUGGAGGACACUGUUAAUGUAGCCAAUCAGAUGAUCCAGGACCCAGAGAAAAACACCAUCAUCCACGCUGCAGGAGCUAAAGUGAAGGAUUUGGAGGAUGAAGCCGACAGGCUGUUGGAGAAGCUGCAGCCAAUCAAAAAGCUGCAGGACAAUUUGAGGCGUAACAUCUCGCAAAUCAAGGAGCUGAUCAACCAAGCCAGGAAACAAGCUAACUCAAUCAAAGUGUCAGUGUCAUCAGGUGGUGACUGUCUCCGUAGUUACCGCCCCGACAUCAGGAAAGGGAGGUACAACACCAUCAUCCUCCACGUUAAAACCACCACACCUGAUAACCUGCUCUUCUACCUGGGAUCAGCCAAAUAUGUUGAUUUCCUGGCCUUGGAGAUGCGUAAGGGGAAGGUCUAUUUCCUUUGGGACGUGGGUUCAGGUGUGGGGAGGGUCGAAUAUCCUCAUCACACCAUCCAUGAUGGGAACUGGCACAGAAUAGAGGCAUCUCGUAAUGGGCUGAAUGGCACCAUAUCAGUAUAUCCUCUGGAAGGCUCUAUGGCUGGUAUGAUGCCGACCCCAGCCAGUGCCAACUCGCCCACAACUUACACCAUCUUGGACGUCGACCAGAACGCCUACCUGUUUGUGGGAGGAAUACUCGGCACUGUCAAGAAAGCAGACGCAGUACGAUCAACGACAUUCACAGGCUGCAUGGGGGAGACCUUCUUGGAUGGUAAACCUAUUGGACUGUGGAACUACAGAGAGAGACAGGGAGACUGUAAGGGAUGUGUUGUCAGCCCCCAGCGUUCAGAUGGUGAAGGGAUAGUUCAGCUGGAUGGCGAGGGCUACGCCGCAGUGGGACGACCCACCAGGUGGAACCCCAAUGUGUCCACCGUGACCUUCAAGUUCCGCACGUUUUCCUCUGAAUCCCUGCUCAUGUAUUUGGCAACUGAUGAUAUGAAAGACUUUAUGUCCCUGGAGCUGUCAGAGGGGAAGGUGAAGGUGAACUUUGACCUUGGUUCAGGAGUUGGCAGUGCCCUAUCAGCUAACCGCCACAAUGAUGGGCGCUGGAAGUCUCUCACCAUGUCACGGAACAAGAAACAAGCCACGGUGAGCGUAGUGGACAUCGACAGCGGUGCCGAGGAGAAGAUAGCAGCCACGUCUCAGGGUUCAGCUACUGGUCUGAACCUCAGGGAAAACCAGAAGAUCUACUUUGGAGGGCUGCCAACUAUUGGAAACUACAGCAUGACAGCCAGGUCAGAGGUCACGCUGAAGCGGUAUGCUGGCUGUCUUCGGGAGAUUGAGGUCUCCAGGACUCCUUAUAAUCUCCUCAGCAGUUCAGAUUAUACAGGAGUCACUAAAGGAUGUAAUGUAGAGAACCUGUACACAGUCAGUUUCUCUAAGCCCGGAUACAUGGAGCUGGGUGGCCUUUCGCUGGCGGUCGGCACGGAGAUCAGCCUGUCCUUCAGCACUCUGGCAGACACUGGGAUGAUAUUGUUGGCAGUGGGCGGAGCUUCACCAAUCGGCCAGCAGGCCCGAAACUCAAAUGCCCUCAGCACCAAGAGGAGACGCAGACAGUCUGUAGAGCCCUACCUCUCAGUCAUGCUGAACAAAGGUUCUCUAGAGGUCUUGGUGUUCACCGGCCACCACAGUCCACGUCGUGUCAUCAGGCGACCUGAGCAUGGCAUACUGCAUGAUGGGAGAGAGCACUCACUGCGCAUAGAGAGGCUUCCUGGCAGAUCUUUCGCAGUUCAGGUGGAUGAGGAUCCCAAAAGGGAGGCAGCGCUUCCCAACGACCAGCCAGUGAGCCUGCAGCGCAUCUUCCUUGGUGGUAUUCCCGCAGAAGUAGAGCAGACGUCCAACAGAGCCAACGUCCCAUUCCAGGGAUGUAUAUGGAAUCUCAUGGUCAACGCUGUUCUCUCAGAUUUCUCCCUGCCCGUGUCCUUUGAGAAUGCUGAAAUCGGACAGUGCCCCAACCUCGCCCCUGAGCCGCCUCUACCUCUUCUGCCAGAUGUAGAGGAGCCCGAGAAGGAAAAGGAGGACUUGAAGCCACUCACUCCUCCACUGACCCCAGCCACCACUACACCACCUCCAGGUCUUCCUGCUGAGGCCACGCCCCCUGCUGCACCUGCCGCCACACCUACUGCUGCUGCUGCCCCGCCCACUGCUAAACAGGAGCCCAGCGCUGAAGUGGAUUCAUGUGCAUCAGCUGUGGCCCCGACAGCGCUCGAGAAGGCUUAUCAGUUUGGACUGACCAGGAACAGUCACAUGAGCUUUGCCUUUGAUGACACCAAAGUCAGAGAGAGGCUUAUAUUGGAGUUUGAGCUGAGAACAAGGGAGGAGUCUGGUCUCGUCCUCUACAUGGCAAGAAUUAACCAUGCAGACUUUGUUUCCAUACAGAUCAAGGACGGACAGGUCUGUCUGGGUUAUGAUCUCGGUCAUGGGAACAUAUCCGGCUGUGUUCCCUUCUCUAUCAAUGAUGGGAACUGGCACAAGAUCCGUGUGAGUCGUAGCAAACAGAGAGGUCUACUUACAGUCGAUGGGCGAUAUAGUAAACAGAUGAUUAGUCCAAAGAAGGCUGACCUGUUAGACGUGGUGGGAUUGCUUUAUGUUGGUGGAUUACCACCAAACUACACCACCAAGAGGAUAGGACCGAUUCUCUACAGUAUUAAUGGAUGUAUCCGUGACUUAAAGAUGGUGGGAGGUCCUGUGAGCACGAAGGCAGGAGCUACAGGUGGUGCUGAGGCUGUCAUUGAAGAUUUUAAAUUGGACAUGGCCACGCCCACCUCCAGUCACAUGGUGGGAAGAUGCUUUGUUGCUACUGAGACAGGCACCUAUUUUGACGGAACUGGCUUCCUGAAAGCAGUCGCCUCUUACAGAGUGGGUCUGGAUGUGUCCAUAGCAUUAGAGUUCAGAACCAGCAGAACCAACGGCGUGCUUUUGGGCGUCAGUAACCAAGCCAACGAUGGAUUGGGAAUAGAGAUCGUCGAGGGCAAGCUGCUCUUCCAUGUUGACAAUGGAGCUGGACGAAUCACAGCAGAGCACAUGCCUGAGGGUGAUGGCUUCUGCGACGGCCAGUGGCACUCUGUCAUUGCUAGAAAACUCCGCCACAGGGUGGAGCUGGUGGUCGAUGAGAAGCUGAGCCAAGCAGAGAGUCCUAACCCACGCUCCAACACAUGUGACACCAACGACCCCAUCUAUGUCGGAGGAUAUCCUGAUGGAGUCCGACAGGCAGCUCUCUCUACCAGCACUUCCUUCGGAGGUUGCAUGAGGAACCUGAAGAUCACCAAGGCUGCUAAGACCAUGGACGUGCACUUCAACAAGGCUCUAGAGAUUAAAGGAGUCCAGCCUCUCUCCUGUCCCGCUGUCGCUGCCUAAUCAGUACCGGAGCUUCCACUUUGUUGUUUCUGUAAUGCAGUACCUCCUCCAAAUCCUGGUCUCUGAACCUGCACUGGGCACAGUGUUUAUACAUCAGUGUGUAAAACAUGCACAUCUGCUUUUGUCCAGUUGUUGAGCCAAAACGCAGAUAUGUGUUUCACAAGGACUCGCUUGUUUCCAGCUUAGAGAGGUGUACCAUGACGCAGGUUUAACAGGGCCAGACUUUGUUUUAGCUGGUGUAACACACUCUAAAGCCUCUUUGAGCCUUAACAUAAAACAAGACAUUCUCAGGGCGUCUCAUGACUCUUGAUCGAUUGUGCACCGCCUACUUUCCCCUUUGAAGAAUAUUUUAAAAUUAUAACAGUAAAAAGUAAUACUGUUGAUUAAGAUGAGAAGAGUGUUGGCAGAAAAUACUUAACUUGUGAAUUCUCAAGUUAUAUUUACUUUUACUACUUGAUUUCUAACAUGACAGCAGCACAUUUUACAGCUCUGAAACUUUAACCUUUAUGCAGCUGAUUCCAGUGUUGUACUCAAGAUAUACUGACACUGUCCCAUUAUAAAGGAUACGUGGAAAUAAUUUUAGCUUUUGGCCAAAUCAAAGUAAAAUAUUUCACUGAAUAUUAUCUGUGAUAAAAAUAUAGACUCAUUAAUCUUCUAAUUGGUGUGUUUUAUCAGUAUUAUAUAUAUGGUAUUUCAGUAAUAUACCAGCAAUGUUUAACAGACUUCAGCAAAUCAGGAUCAAACAUAGAAACACAAUUUGAGACAGUAAAGGUAUGAAAUGGUUUCAUAGAUUAACAGCUGACAAAAGAGUGAUGCUAUCUUCAAAGGAGAAUGCGUGAGAGACACUUUUUCUAAACUGCCCCAGACACAGGUUAGCUGUACAGCUUAAAGUUUUACCUUACCUUACCUUACCUUACCUUAAGUUACCAUGGAGAUCUAGCCAGGUUAAAAAGGAGCCACCUUCACGGCAUGAAAAACUCUUCAUGCUCAACAUACCUCUCUGACCAACUCAUCUUGCUUCAUGGUACUCCCCUCUGAGACAUCAGGUGAACUCAGAUGUGUCCUCAACCACAGAAUUGGUGUACAUCUCCAACAGCGACUCACUCAGAAUACAAAAUGUAUCAGAGUAAUAUCGUCAAAUGGCUUGUAACUAGGAAAAGGAGAUUAUAAUAAUACAAGUAUCGGAUCAGAGUGAUAUAUUUUUUUUGAUUGCUUUUCCAGCAAUUUAGUAUUAAUUUGUUUCAGAUCUUCACUUUGAAUAUGGUUUUUGUGAUGUACACAGUGUUGGUUUACAGGCUUCCAUAUUGUAUCUGAGGCUCAAAGAUGACACACACUUGAGUGAACUUGAUGCCCCAAGUAGCUGAUGAAGAGCCAACCAGGUCUCAAUGUUGUCAUCUUGCUAAAUUAGUCAAAGAAAAACUGUUUGUGAACAGGUGAGUCCUUGUGAAACACAGUGUCUAUACAACAAAUGGUCAGAUUCUUUCUGCCUCAAUCACAAAAUAAAAUAACACUUUCAUCCAUUUUGUUUAAAUUAAUUUUGCUGUCAGGUGUGGUCACUGACUAUAACCUCAGUGUGUAGCAUAUACUUACCUGUGGUAACUUACUAAACAGCAAACACAGUAUCCAGAGAAAGACACAUGUAAACUUUCCUGUUUCAGGAUAUAUAAGGUGAAGUUAUCCGGUCAAAAACAUUUUCUUAACCUAUAAAAGUUCCCUCUAACAUUGUCGGUACUAGGCCUUCACGUUAUGUUCAGUGUACGUCAAAAUAAAUAUGGCUACUAAUGGAGGACUGAAAGUAUUUUAAAAUGUGUUUCAUGAUUAGUCCACUAAGUUUACACAAUGGAAGCUAGUAUUCAGACCUGUGCUGUGGUCACAGGUGCUCACAGUAUUCAAGCUAACAUUAUUUUUGGAUAUGCGUGAUCAUGUGAACAAUAAGUCAGCGUAGUUUAACAGGAAAGUUCCUCUUGACGAGGUAGAACAGGGUAUGUCCAGUCCUCCAGUUAGUUUAUUUUACCCUUGUUACACAAACUUCUCCGGAAAAAUAAUAAAAAUGACAAUAUAUAUAUGUUAGCGUGAGUUUUCUACAUUUGUCCUUUAUAAACCUUGUUCCCUGAGAAUUUGUCGACAAAGUCUGAAUCAUUUGUAUGCUUUUUUUGUUAAGGAAUAAUUUGUUAGUGAUUACCUUCUCAUCCUCAAAACAACAUAUGAAGUUGGACUUCUUUUCAGCCCACUGUAAAGCAACUGAUGUGGACAGUGAUCUCAAUACAUCUAAAAAUGAUACUCUUAUUAAAUGGUUAUAAAGCCACAAGAGCUUUGGUUCAAAUGUCCACUAUCUCGUUAUCAAAGCAAUUAAAUGAGUCGUCUUGAUUAACCCCAAACGUGAAUAUAAGUAGUAAAAUUGUUGUACUAAAUACAGUACAAACUUUGCUUUAUCUACAUGCUGACUUUACUGAUGUUUUAAUAGACACAAUGUUGACCAGAUGAUGAGAGCAGUUUUUACUUUUUGGGGGGUGCAACAUCCCUUUGACAUUCCACACUUCAUCAAUUGAUUUGAUGUACAGGAAAUUUUCAUUCAAGCUGGAGCUUGUGUUGCUUUUGAUACAGUUGUGACACCAAACUGGAGGUACAAGGUUUCUGUAGGACACUAAUGAUGGUGUAUGUUCUGCAUGGUGUGGCUGAAAAUUCUUCAGCAGCUGUUUCUGAAAUAUAUUCUUGAAAGCAUCACUCAGAUUGUCCUGUCCUUCUUUUAAACUGCUGAAUGUGAUAAUGUUGAACUGUAUUCUUGGAAAUAAAGAGAAGUCUCCUCUGAACCUGCA